AGAGUGACUUCAGUUGAGUCUGUGGAGCAACGUUUUCCAUCUGAGUUUCUGGUUCCAAAACCAAGACGAUGGAUUCUGAGAACAUGACAGUCCCACUCAGUAAUUCAACCUGUAAGACCCUCUAUGACCACCGGAAAUAUGCUAGCAUCUUCAUACCUCUUAUCUACUGUGUUGUGUUUUUCGUGGGGUUGUUCGGUAACGGCCUGGCCCUCCACGUCAUCCGAGCCAAUCAGAAGAAGCUCAACUCCACCACUCUGUACUCUCUCAACCUGGUCAUCUCGGACAUCCUCUUCACUCUCUCCCUGCCUCUCAGGAUGAUAUACUAUGCUCAAGGCUUUCACUGGUCCAUGGGUGAAGUUCUUUGUAAGAUCUCAGGCUUCAUCUUCUACAUUAACACCUACGCAGGGGUCAACUUCAUGACCUGCCUCAGUGUGGACCGUUACAUUGCCGUGGUCUUACCUCUGCGCUUUGCCAAAUUCAGGAAGGUCAAUAACGUUCGCUACAUUUGUGCUGGUGUGUGGCUAUGGGUCUUGGCGCAAACCCUCCCUCUCUUUUUCAUGCCUAUGACCAGUGAAGAAGAUGGAAACUUCCUCACCUGCAUGGAAUACCCCAACUUUGAGAAGAUUGACAAUGUUGCCACCAUUCUGAUUGGUGCAGUCUUCUUGGGUUACGUCAUCCCUGUGAUCACCAUCCUGGUGUGUUACUCUGUCUUGUGCUCCAAACUCCACCUAACAGCCAAAACCAACCAUUUGACUGAAAAGUCUGGUAGCAGUCGCAAGGCCAUCGGUGUGAUCUGCUGUGUCUCGUUGGUGUUCGUCGUCUGUUUCAGCCCUUAUCACAUUGACCUUCUGCAGUACAUGAUCCGAAAGCUGGUGUCGAACCCAGACUGCGCUGAUCUCACUGCCUUUCAGGUAUCGCUGCACAUCACAGUGUGUCUGAUGAACUUAAACUCCUGCUUGGAUCCAUUUAUCUACUUUUUUGCCUGCAAGGGGUACAAAAGGAAGCUCUUGAAGCUGCUAAAGCGACAAGUCAGCGUUUCUUUCUCUAGUGCAGUGAGAACACCACCUGAAGGCUCCUCCAAGGACUUUCUUGAUGGUAACAAGAUUCAACUGAACAGUGAAAGACUCACAGAAAGUAGAUUAAACUCAUACGAGUUAACCUGAAAACUGAGACAAGAUGAAAGGACAUGGACGGACUUGGACAGUUCCUAAAAUUACUGCUAGUGGAUGUCGUGGACUACAAGAGGCUACUCAAUUCCUGGAAUUAGACGGAUUGUUUUUCCAAGAAAAAUGAUCACCAAGUGUUAU